ACAACGCUUGCUCGCCGUCCACCACAGCGAGCGCACCUCUCCUACAGGAUCGACCCUGUCUGAAGGGCACGCGGGCAUCUUUGCUUUGUUGCUGACAACCAACCUUGACUGUGCUACUGUCACCUGCAGCCUACUUAUCCCACAGCCGGCGGGGGAAGCAGACGCAUUCAAUCCAUGAUGUUCUCUCUCGGGCUGCAUCGUCUCGCGCUCCCAGCAUCCUUGCUCUUGCUCUGGGUAAACCAUGUACACGCCGCAGGUAGGAACGUCUCGUCCGGGUACUCUCUGAACACACAGGCUCUUUCGCCUCUUGAAGUUGUCAAUGGCAGACCAGAGCGUUGUCCACCGUGCUUCAACUGCCAGCUUGACGCGUUCACUUGCGGCAACUUCGGAGAGUGCUCCAAGUUCGAUGGGCAGUGCAAGUGUCCUCCGGGUUGGGCUGGAAUAGAUUGCUUGACUCCCCAGUGUGACUCCCUUGCCGACGGUGAACACCGGAGACAGCGAGAAGACGGCAGGGAGUGCGAGUGUAAGGACGGGUGGGGUGGUAUCAACUGCAAUGUAUGCAAGACGGACGACGCUUGCGCUGGGUUCCCUCUUCUUGGUCAACCCACGGGCGAUGACGACAGAAUCGGCAACAUGACCUGUUACAAGGGAGGAGAGACCGUCUUCAACAACCACCAGAUGUGCGACGUCACCAACCGCAAGAUUCUGGACAUGCUCCCCGACAGGCCCCCUCAGGUGACGUUCAGCUGCGAGAAGGACACCGAGUCGUGCCAUUUUCAGUUCUGGACCGCGCAAGUCGAGUCGUUCUACUGCGAGCUGCAGGAGUGCAGUUCCCGGAUAGAGCAUGGUUACGACAAGAACUCGACAUACUAUGAUUGCGACAAGAUCCAGUGCAAAUGUGUCCCUGGGCGUUUUAUUUGCGGAGAAGAUGGCAGUCUCGACAUUACGGAUUUCCUCAAGGAAGAGAUCAAGGGCCCUGCGACGUUCAGCUGCACCACAGGCAAAGGCUGCAAGUUCGAAGAGCCGGGUAUGAACGACUUGAUCUCGACCUUCUUUGGAGACACCUACAUCACUCUUCAAUGUGAGGGCGGUGAAUGUCUGCACUACUCACAAGUUCCGGGCUAUGUGGCUCCGCCCAAACCUGACAACGCUGCAUUCGUGGCUCUUAGCAUCGCAGGCGCUGGUCUUAUUGUCGUCUUGGUUUCCGCAAUUCUCUGGUGGGCUGGACGCGCUCGACCCAGCGACUUCGGCACCAUCCGUCUCCCCGAGAACGAGUCUGCAAAGCUCAUGACAGACCACGUCCCUGCUUCUCUUCACUUCUCCAACAUCUCGUACACACUCAACGGGCACACCAUCCUUGACAACAUCUCCGGCUCUGCCAAGCCUGGGCAGCUGCUCGCCAUCAUGGGUGCCUCGGGUGCGGGCAAGUCGACGUUCUUGGACAUCUUGGCGCGCAAGAACAAGAAGGGCAGCGUUGGUGGCACGACACUUGUCAACGGGCGUGAGAUCGCAGACACCGACUUCAAGAAGGUCAUGGGCUUCGUGGACCAGGAGGACACGCUGAUGAGCACACUCACGGUGUAUGAGACUGUGCUGUACUCGGCGUUGCUGAGGCUGCCGCGGGAGAUGAGCCUCGAGGCGAAGAAGUACAGGACUCUUGAGACGAUGAACGAGCUGGGGAUUCUAGGUAUCAAGGACUCGCGCAUUGGAGAAACUGGCCAACGAUCCAUCUCUGGUGGUGAGAAGCGUCGAGUGUCCAUUGCGUGUGAACUUGUAACCAGCCCGUCGAUCCUGUUCUUGGAUGAACCGACCAGCGGUCUCGACGCGUACAACGCGCUGAGCGUGAUCGCCAGUCUUGUCUCCCUCGCACGCGACUACAACCGCACCGUUGUCUUCACCAUCCACCAGCCCCGCAGCAACAUCGUGUCCCUCUUCGAUCAGCUGAUCGUCCUCGCCCGUGGCAAGCUGAUUUACUCCGGCGAAGCAGACCAGGUCACGGACUACCUCGCGGAAGUGGGUCACCCGUGCCCUCUUGGAUUCAACGUCGCGGACUUCCUCAUCGAUCUCACGAUGCAAGCCGGUAUGGAACCCCCCUCGCUGGAGAGCCCGGUAUCGGAACAGGCUCAGCCUGCCGAAGAGGACUCCAACAUCCGGGACGAAGAGCGCGCCUUUGUUCACGAUCGCACCUCGUCUGGAUCAUCCCGUGCUGACGAAGGCACCGAACCUACCCGCGCCGGGUCCAUCCACUCCUCCACGGCCUACAUCCGUCGCCAGACCUCCCGCCUGCUCGAGGCCAUCAAGCCGUCCACCGGCGCCAGAGACGGGCCCGUCCCGCCGAAGCUCGCGGGGCUCAUCGAGGCGUUCAAGACCAGCAGCAUCCACGCGGCGCUCAACGCGGAGAUCAUCGAGGUCGCGAGCGCCCCCACGACGCAGGGCAACGGCAACAACCCGGCGGAGCUGCCGGACGUCGCGGCGGAGAGCAGCAUCACGCGCGGCCGGAAGCGCGCGAGCUGGGCCACGCAGUUCCGCAUCCUGAGCGGACGGGCGUUCAAGAACCUGUACCGCGACCCCGCGCUGCUCGCUGCGCACUACGCAUCUGCGAUUGGCGUCGCUCUGAUUUGCGGGUUCUUCUUCCAGAAUAUCACGGAGGAUAUCGCGGGCUUCCAGAACCGCUUGGGGGUGUUCUUCUUCACGCUUGCGCUCUUUGGGUUCUCGUGCCUGUCCAGCCUUAACUUGUUUGCGAAUGAGCGCAUCUUGUUCAUGCGCGAGCGUGCUAACGGCUACUACUCGUCAUUCACUUACUUCGCGUCCAAGAUCCUGUUCGAUAUCCUACCCCUGCGCGUGGUUCCUCCACUUGUGUUCGGCGGUAUCAUCUACGGCUGGAUCGGGCUCGUCCCCGAGGUUGCGACGUUCUGGAAGUUCAUGCUCACUCUUGUCCUGUUCAACCUGACGACCGCGAGUGUCAUCUUGCUGCUCUCCAUCGGCAUCGCGAGCACGAGCGUCUCGUCUCUAGUCGGCACGCUCAUCAUGCUGUUCAACCUGCUGUUCACCGGGCUGCUCAUUAACCGCAAGUCUGUACCCGCCGCGUUCCAGUGGCUGCACACGAUCUCAUUCUUCCACGCCGCGUUCGAGGCGCUCGCGGUCAACGAGCUGCGCUACCUCCAGCUCCACGAGGAGAAGUACGGCGUGAACAUCGACGUCCCUGCUGCUGCGAUCCUGUCCACGUUCGGCCUCCGCGCUGAGUCGUUCUGGUGGCCCAACAUCGCCCUCCUCGGCAUCUUCUUCGGCACGUUCACGGUCCUCAGCUUCCUCGUGUUGCACUUCUACGUCAAGGAGAAGCGGUAGUGGCUGUGACGAUAUAUGUGUAUAGAUCGCUCGCUGUUGUGAUUCAAUGUAGUGUGGUCCUUCCAUGCCGCCCGCUUGUUACCCUAUAUACGCAUUACGAUACAUUC